AGCAAUCCACCUAGAAAAGCCCAUGCGUGAAAGGCCAAGGUACUUUGGGUUUGAGCACGAACUAGUAUAGUCUCGCAUACCACGAGAAUUCACGAGUACUACAUACAAAGUGGUCCGUAAGCGAUAGCAACGUUGAAACGAAGAACAACGGAAUGGAUGUCUUUCUUAUGAUAAGACGCAAAAAAUCAACCAUCUUCACAGAUGCAAAGGAAUCAACACCACUAAUAGAGCUCAAGAGGAUAAUUGAGGGCAUUUUAAAAGUUCCCCCAGAUAAUCAACGUCUGUUUAAAGAUGACCAGGCCAUGACAGAUGAUAACAGGACUCUGGGGGACUACGGUUUCACAAGUGCUAUUGCACGUGCUCAGGCACCUGCCAGCAUUGGCCUAGUCUACAGGAAAGAGGGUGAGAUAGAAGCAGAUAAUCCGGAUGGAGAAUGGGAGCCCCUGGAAAUAUCCCCUUUGUCCAACCCUCCUGAACUGCCAGAUGUUAUGAAGCCGCAAGAUCCUACCACUUCACAUACAAGCGAGCAGCCAGCAGCAUGAAUUUAGAUGUUUUUUAGGUACACACUGUCAUUAUAGAACUGUUCUAUGUAUUUUUCCCUUACUCCAUCGCUUUGAAUUUCUGCCCGCCCAUUUUGUUUUUUUUCUCAGUUAAUUUGUGCUUAUUAAUGCAUGCUUUGAGGCUUCAAAGGAAGCAUUUUAAAUAUAUUUUAAUUUUAAUAUCUCCUGUUCCAACCUAACACUGGUUAUCUCUGUUCUGUAACUUUCUUGUUGCUAUUUGUGGAUAUUUUAUUAAAAAUGAGUCAAGUUAUAGUUAGGGAUUUCUCCUGUAGAUAUGCAUGAUAUACAUAGUCUUUUCUUUGUGAAACUGGACUUACUUUGUGUAAUACAAUAACCAGUUUAUGUAUUUCUUUUAAAUCAAUUUUAAGUCCUAUUUUGACAUAAGGACUCAGAGAAAUUAAGAAAUUUCCAUGCAACAGUCCUCUUUCUUCUCCCAUUUGCUUCAAUAUCAGAACAUGUUUAUCAGUAAACAGUUAUCUCACAUUCUUAUUACUUAUCUGCCGUAAAAGGUAGUGAUGUGUUUACCCUACUCGUUUGUAAAAAGAGAAAAAAAAUUGCACGGUCAUCAUCUGUUCAUGUUCAUUUCUCCUCAAUUACAUCAUGAAAUAAAU